AAUACUGAAUACAAGUAGAUUUAGCAUUAACCCUCUUAAUAUGACUAUCAAAUGUAUUUGUUAUGCGAAAAUCGUGCUGCCAAGCCGGCGGUUGGAUUUUAUCUACUUUCACAUAAAACUAAGUCUAUGAUUUAUGAUUAUAAUGGAUGUGUAUCUUGAUGAAUCUAAUAUUUGAAGAACAAUGUAGCUAUUCUUAUAAGAAUGCAUAUAUAUAUUUGACUGUUAUCAUGUGUCUGUCGGAAUGUUCUUUCAUCAGAAAACACAUGCAUUAUGACUAUAGCCUAGUGUAUAAAAUAGAAAAACAAUAUCAAUCUUGAUUAAAAACAAAUUUAGAUCUUACAAAUAUGCUUAGCUCUCAAACGAUGUUACAAACAAAAAAUUGUUACAUUGUAAAAAAAUAAGUGCAUGCCAUAAACAAAUUUUUCACUCGGAAUAAUUAUUAUUAUUUUUUAAUUAAAAUCGUCUAAAUUAUUCUGUGCUGUAUUUUCAAAGUUAAGUCACUUUUACUAAUCGUAAUUGACAGAAAUGAUUCGGUCAGGUGAACUGACUUUUCCUUUUACUAAGUUUUACAGAAGAGUUGAUCUCAAAAUUAAUCACUGAAUAUAUCAUAAACAUUCACAUAGAACAAGAGAUUUGCAUUGUUUAAGUCUUGGAUGUUCACUUCAUACAUUUAAUAAACGAUAAGAAAUAUUUAUACAUGAAAUUUGGCUAAUGCGUGAUACAACACGAAUAAGCAGUUAAUCGCAUGGGCAUUGUGCCCGCUAUUCUUAGACUCAAGACACUCCUCGCAAUAGUGCGACCUCGUAUAGCUUACUGUGUGCGGUGCAUAACGUUUGUUAUACUCUUUUCUUAUUCUCUCUUGUAGAUCUAUGUCGAUUUACAUUAAAACAUCGGAUUAAAUAACGAUUGUUUGUUCACGCAUGUUAUGAAUAGUAUCGAAUUCAACAAAAUACUUAUGUCAGGCAUUGAAUUAUUCGUUGAAUUAGUUGACGGGUUAGCAUUCUGAGAAACGCAUCGCUAUAGGACUUAGAAAUUUAUAGACGAACUGUUGGUAGUAAAGAGAACAAUAUAUCAAUGGUAAGAAGAUAUCUAAAGCUGAAAGAAUCUUCUAACAAAAGACCAUCAGUCGAAGAGCCUUUAUUUAUCGAAUGUAAUUUCGAUGACAUUACGUUUAGUCCACCAUCUCAUGACGACAGCUUCUUUUACAUACGAUAUCCGAAGACACAAAAUCGAUCAUCGGUUUCGCAAGAAUAUCGGCCGAUUGACGAAGUUUUUGAGGAACAAAAUAUUACUUCAUCAACAAAUAAUGUGAAAGUACAGGAUACGCAACAACAACAGUUUACCGAGGAGAAGAAAAAAUAUCAGGAAAUUGAUUUCAGCAAGCAUCCCUUACCUUGUCAACCGUUUAUACCAUCAACUUUAACAGCGAAUAAAGAAAAAGGAAUUAAAUCAAGUCCGAAGGUAUUACUGGCCGAUAAUACGAAGAUUACAAAAUCACAGGGGGUAGAUGAUGGAUUUCACGGCAAGCCAGCACUUUGUGGGAAGUCAAUUGUUCUUGUAGCUAACCAGAUGAUGUCUAACAAACUUCACGAGACUGUUUCGGCCGAGCAGGCCGCCAGUCAACCCAGACGAGGAAGCAAAUCUUUACCAGCCACUCCAGUCGCUUCGCCAUCAGGCAGUCCAAGCGGUUCGCCUAAGGCUCGUCGUCGUGUUUCUUCGAACCGAUACUUUGCAGGAGCAUCCCUUCAUGAUUGCGGGAAAUAUCAGGGAGGUUGGAUCUUGGCAAGCAUCUUCGGACAAUCUAGGGAACUCGUUACUAGCAAGAUCGAAGAAGAGGACGAAGCAAACAUCGAAGUCGCAACUGCUCCGCUUAGAUCGCUUGCUCGGAAGAAAUCCAUUUCGUCGCAAAAUCUUACAUAUGUAGGAAGCGAUGAGAAAUCAGAAAAAUCAGCUGCUUACCCAAAUGCAUUUCGAGCAAAACCAUCGCAAUUAAGAGAAAUGAAUUUCUGGUCCCCAACAUCGAUGUAAACCAAUGUAGUAAAUUGUUAUUCGUUUACAUCUUAAGCUUAGUUAAUUAAUAGCAAUUAAUUCGGAAAGAAGGAUUUUUUUUAGAAGGAAAGCACGAUAGAAAUAUAUACAUAUUAUUGUCACUUUCUGAGUUUUUUAAAAUCAACGAAUGAACGCAUUGAUAAAACGAAAAAUAAACAAAGGAGAGCAGCUUUUUGCUCGUUAUUUUUCGUGUAUUCUUAACAAUGUGCUUAUUAUAGUUAGUACAAUUAUUUAAUAACGUAUUUGUGCUUAUUCUUUCUUUUUUCUAUUUUUUCGGCUUUUAAUUAAUGCUGUUAAACAAAGAUGUUCUUUCCUUAAUAGUCUUUCUUUAAUAGUGGAACCCUAUCAUAAUGGUGAUGACAUAGAUCAGGAAUACAAAAGGAAAUACUUGUGUAUCGAACACUAUGGUUUUCUUAUAAAGCUUCGAGGAGCGGGGGGAGGUACUUAUAUUCCGUGAAAACGAAACAAAAAAUAUUUUUAGAUCUAUCGCUUGACAAACUUAACUAAUAAACCAAGAUAUCCCAUCUUUAAUUUUUAGAGAAGAAAGAAAAGUGAAGUAGGGGAAAAUGUUAUGUCAUAUGCAUACGUUUAUAUAUUAUUUUUUAUAUUUAUAGAAUGCAAGUGAUCUUGGAAAAAAUAAAAUUACUUGAACCUUGA